AUGGUGAUGUCGACAGAUGGAAAGGAACGUACACAUAUUUUAAAAAAAUACUUGCUACUAAUAAGCGUGGACAUAUACAAGUUUUCGAUUACCAAAAAAUAUGUCUUGUUCAUAUUAUUUUGCUUAUAUAUAACAACAUGUGUGGGUAUAUUUUUCAAUUGGAUAUCGUUAUCGGAUUUUUUCUAUCAUGGGAAUAUAUAUGUAGAGUAUUGCUCAAACAGAGGAAUAUAUAGCAAUGUUCAGCGUAACGAUGAGAACUCUUACAGAUGUAAAGAACAGGAUAAAAGGGUACAAGCUCUUUACCCAAUUAUUCUUUGUUCAAAUUUUAUUAUGUCUGCUAUAGCUGGUACAUUUUUUGAUUAUUUCGGUCCUAAAAUUACAGCCUUAAUUGGUCAUAUGUUUAAUAUAAUAUCUUGGAUUUUGAUAGGACUACAAAAAGGAGGGGAAACAUAUAAUACUAUAAUUUUUGGUUCUAUAUUUUUAGGCUUAUCAUGUGAUUCCGCAUAUAUACCUAUUCUUAGUUUAAUUUAUUUAUUUCCUAAAAAUCAUACGUUAUAUACUGUCAUAUUAGGGUGUUGUGCUUCUCUAAGUUUUAGUAUACCCAUAUUUUUAGAUUUAUUUUCCAAAGAAAAUGAUGCAAAUUCUUUUCAAGUAAUUUGUUUCUUAUACUGUCUAGUUAUAUUAGUUCCUUUUACUUUCCUUCUAAUCAUUUUUCUUCCAUGGACGCAUUCAAAUUUAACAAAUGAUGUAGUGGAAAUGCACAGGAAUAAUAACACGCUUCAGGAGUUAGAGGGGUACAUAGUUUCUCGGAGCACUAACAGUAGUGGUAGAGAAAGAAAUUCAAGUAGCUCUCAUAUGUCCCACAUAACAUGGAACGCACAAAAGAUAGAACCAACCCCCCUAGUUGUUGACGACUUAAACAUACAUUACUGCAGCUCUUUGCAACGUUCAAUUAGUAUCAGAGUGAUGGAAAGACAAAAGAAAGGUAAUGACUGCGAUAAGGAUGAGGUAUUAGACUGUUACAGCAGUCUAUAUGAUGAGUUGAAUUUGCCAAAUGGAAAAGCGAGAUCAAAUAUUAUGGAUGAUCAUGUAAAAAAACUAGUACCAUAUCAGGAUGAAAAAAAUAUUAACCCAAAGAUGAUAAAUGAUUUACAAGAAGUGAUAUUUGAAAAAGGGUUCUACUUAUCUGAGCAUAAUUUGACACCUAGGCAUACCACAUCGAACAGUGUAAGUAGUACAUCUCCCAAUAAUAUAACUCUGGUAAAAAGGAAGAAAUUGCACACAGGGGAGGAUAUUCCUUCAUCAAGUAGAAACGAUUUACAGCAUAGUUGCACGUUAAAAAAAGGGAUCACUCUCACGCUUGAAGGGCACAACGAGGAGACGAGGGGGGAAAGAGGGGCGAGAGAAGCAAAUAUGGGGGAAGAGGUAUAUGGGGAGAAAGGGACAAAUGGGGAGAAAGGGACAAAUGGGGAGAGAGGGACAAAUGGGGAGAGAAGGACAAAUGGGAAGAGAAGGACAAAUGGGAAGAGAAGGACAAAUAUGAGGGAAGAGGCCUCGUCGGUGGAACUACUGAGCCCCUUAACAAAAUGGUGGAAAGAAAUGACAAAAACUUUUUUUUCCCUAAAGUAUCUAAGUAUAUGUUACUAUUUUACUAUAUACAAUUUAUCAUUAGUUAAUUACAAUGAAUGUGCUAAAUUGUUUUUUAAGGAUUAUAAAGAUAUACAGAAUAUUUUGAAGAUAUUUGGCCCGUUAUCUGUUUUGUCUUGUAUAUUAUUUGGUUUUUUAAUACAAAAAUUUGAUAUAUUUCAUGCUAUAUUUUUUUUAUUAACUAGCUGUUUGUUCAUGAAUAUAUUUGCUAUAAUAAAAAAUAAAAUAUGUGCAUAUCUUAGCUCCUUUUGCUAUCUUAUUGUUACGGGCUGUUAUACUACACAGUUAUACUGUUAUAUUCAAUUAGUAUUCCCGAAAGAGCAUUUCGGUAAAAUUGCAGGAACGACUAGUAUGAUUAGUGGCUUAUUGUCCUUAUUAAACAUACCCAUUUACAAUUAUUACAUUGUUGAUUAUCAUAAUAGUAAUCCUACUCCUUUUUCUUAUAUUGUUAUUGCUCUUUUGUUAUCCACGUUUCCCUUUCUUUUUCUCAUAUACAAAAGGAAUGGGAAAAGAGAGGGGGUUUGA